CCACCCCGUCCGUGCUAUCAUAUCCACUUCACCCCCUGUUCCGCUCUCGACGCGCGCGCUCCCAAAUAACUCCCCUCCGAGCCUCAUAGCUGCGUUUCGCAUACUCCUUUUUCCUUACUUUUCCCGCCCUGCCUCUGUUGCCACAAUUCUCUCGUAUCUCGCUCUUCCCAACACCCACCGGAUCAACCGAACACUCAGAUCAAGACCACCCAAAAUGUCGUCGGACUCGGAACAAGAAUGGAAGCCCAGCGGUCGCCCUCAGUCGAUCAUGGCACAGGCUUUUUCAACUGCGCUGGAUAGCGCUUUCUCGCUAGACACCGAUGUCAAUCAUCUUUCACAGACUAUUGAUCAAAAGAAGCUUCAGAUGAUGAUUCAGACCCGCGAACUCGAACAACUCCAAGCCAAGAUCCGCGAAGCCGAAGAACGCCUCAAAGCCCGACAGUCGGUGAUAAUGGAAGCUCGGAACCCUGCAGCGCAGCGAGAUGGUCGGUUUUAUGGAGGCUCCGGGAACACAUCAGCGUCGUCUUCGCCCACGGAAUCAGCACAAUACACCAGCGGCGAUGAACAGCUGCGGCGCAGCCAAGGCCGUAGUUCAUGACGGCACUGCAGUUCGGGGAAGCCCGUAUCGGCACAUUAGCAUAUAAUUUGGGUUAUGGUUUCAAGGACAGGAGAAUUUGAUGGGGUUUGACUUCACUGCUACAAUAUUUUAUAUAUCCUUACUGGGCGAGCAUCUUUGGGGGAAAUCGGUUUUUUCUUUUGCUUUUUCUGUUUCUCUGCACCGGUCAUCGUGUUUCUAUACCGAGACUUUCUCGCAUGACGGGGUCAAGCCGAUGGCGGUGCAGCUUUUUUGUUGCUUUGGUCUUUCUCGCGCGGGGUAGCGUCGAUGGCCGAGCUGAGCGUGCAUGCCACGAUCCCCCGAGGAUAGUGAGCGAAAUAGGCGCUUUAUCAUUCUCUCUGUGG